AUGUAUGGUACUUUGUCCUGUCCAAAGGAGAAUGUGCACUACCAGAUUGAUGAGCCCAACGCCGGAAUCGGGGUUCUCGCUGGGCCCGGCCGCUGCUUGGUGGCAGAAUUUCGCUAUUCUGGCCGGUAUCUUCUUAAGCGUCUCGACGGUAAACAGACGCUGUCCACUUGCAAACGGGCCUGCAGCGAAUUGGCCGAAUGUCUCAGUUUCGACUACUACCUUCUACGCUCGUCCGGCGGCCACAUGCACCGAAGCGGAAAACUCGGAGCCCUGGUCAGAGCCAAUGCAAGCGGACAAGUGGCCUGUAUUCUCAACAGGGUGGAUCCGACAAUG